GAUUUAUUCAAAUCGUUAGGAUUUUAUCCUGCCGCUGGCUCAGAAUUAAAGAAGAAGAUUAACGUCUUUGCCAAAUCUAUUCACAUUCCACCAUUAAAAGUCAUGUCGAAAAAGCACCCGGAGGCGAGAAAAUUGGCAGAAUCAUUUUGUGCAGACAAGAAAACAGCCGAGUUUCUAUGGCCAGAGGUGUUGGAUGGCAACUAUCGCCGGCUUAAAUGGGAAAAUGAUAAGAUAAAAAUCUUGAAGUCACUUACCCAUAUUUUCGCAUGGAAAAUGCAUUACUAUUUCAAGAGCCGUCAGCGAAAGGAAGCCCAACAGAAUAGUCUGGAUCGUAGAAGAGGUCUGGAUUCGGAUGACGAACUCUUGGCCACUCCGGGACAUCAAAACCCACUAAGACGAACUCAACACCCAAAGACUGGCCAAGAAUGUUCAAAAGCUGGCGCAACUUUUAAUACCAUCGCCAAAUCUUCAGCAAUGAGAUCGGUCAGGCGAACUAUUGAUAAUAGUAAAUUGAGAGAACUAAAGUAUGUCAAAAGGAAUACUUGCAAUCAAGAAAUAUGCGCUGUUCAUAUUCGUAACAUAAAACCAAUGGACGACAAGAAGAUGAUGGCCGAAUUUGUUUCGCCACAAUGGUUGGAAAAUGAGGAAUUCUCCUGGACGGCCCAAGGAGGCCUUGAGCCUGAUACAUACAUUCUCAGAUUUAUGCAUGGAUUCUUAUAUUACAAUACAGAUCAGAACAUGAGUUUGCUGAAUUUCGUUCGCCUCUUUAAGGACGAGCCAGUGAUUGCAAACAAGAUACAUGACAAGAUACUAAAGGGUCGUCUUCAAGCCCGGGUGGGAGAGUUGGCCGAUGCGUUGGUUGUCGAAAAAUUAUUAUUCCGCAAUCACAGUGGCGACAGAACGUCACGAACACAGGAGUUAGACGCAGCAUGGGAGCAGAGAUUGGACAUUUGGGACCAGCCUUCCGAGGGAAUCAGUGAAGAGACUGAGUUCUCAAACACACACCGUCGAGGUGUUUACGAGAUUUCUGUAUCUCCAGACCGCGAUGAGCUUACAAUCACAUGUCAACAACGCUCAUCAGAUCCCAAAGGCUCAGUGAAUUUAUCACGAAAACGAACUUUCCAAUCAACAACACUAGGUGAUGAUGUGGAUAGAGAAGUUAACGUGGCAAAGAAUCGAAGACUUUCAACAUCUAAUGUCAAUCGACCUCCCAUCAUAAGGGACAAAGGAAAAGAGGUGGAUAGAGGUCAAAGUAACUUAAAGGAGAAAUCUCGAUUUCUCAAAGAUGGUUCAGCACAUGCGACGGCAACAACAACUCUGGCCACCAUGUGCAGCCCUGAGACGAGCAACUCUAAGUUGAAUUCGACGAGACCGAUCAGUCCUACAGCUAUAUCAAGCGAAGCUGAAAUCAAAUCAGAGCCCUAUUCAGCUUCGAAUCCGCGCAGUGGAUUCUUGUCAUCCUACUCACCAUUUUCCGAUCAUUUGUCUACACGAUUUCAACCGGGUUCCACAGACCCCAAGUCCUCUCCACUGUUCACUACACCACUUCAACCCAUAACUCAAACGACAGACGAGUCGGCAUCCGAAGAUGAUCUUCCACUUGCAACUUUCUCGAAUGACAUAGACUUCAUCUUUCUGUCGAAGCAAAACUUCGAUUACGAGAACCCCCUCAGAGUCAAUAUCAAAGUCCUUGAAGAUUUUUCUCUAUCUUCCUUUAUCUCCCUUUUUGCUCAGAGAGCGGGUGUCAAUAUGCUUAAAGUUGACGGCUUGAAAUUUACCAUCUUACUAGGCGACGAUCGAUUGGAGACAGUGAUGAAGGGAGAUGAGAGAAAGUGGGAGAAUAUAGUCGAGAUCAUUAGAGACUUAUGGAAGUAUAGUAAGAUACAAUGGGUUAAUGGUACAAAGUUGAAGAGCAGGGUCUGUAGGAUAUUGACUGAGAGGAUACUCAGUCGAGCAUUGUGAGACUGACUUGAUGGGAAACAUGUUUGUAUGGAGCCUUUACCGAGAAGAAAUGCGUUUGUCCAAUAAACAUUCUUAACCCACUUCUGUUUUUACUGUGAAAAUUCAGAUUUUCCCACACCUACACAUAGUAUUUGGAAAGAAUCCCAUUAUACUCUAAUACUGGGAUUGAAAGUCACA